CAGGAAGCUCGGCCUUGACCUCGAAGCAGCUCCGAGAUCCACUACAAACACUUUUGGACAGCGAAUUCUCUCCCGCACACCGGAAAGACAUUCUGCAAUUGCAAACAAAUCAUAAUGCCGGCCCCCUUCUGGACGAUCGGCUGCCUCUAUGGCGCCUCCUCCGUCAUGCUCGGCGCCUUUGGAGCUCACGGCCUCAAGAAACGCAUCGCCGAUCCGCAAAGGAUCGCCAACUGGGGAACGGCCGCACAGUAUCAGCUCAUGCACUCCGUAGCCCUUACCUUCGCCUCCGCCAUCGCACCACAAAACACAAUCGCAAUGUCGCUGUUCACGGCGGGAAUGACAAUGUUCUCCGGAUCGCUCUACCUUCUCACGCUCGACCCGCAGCGCUUCAAGUGGAUGGGGCCGGUGACGCCACUGGGUGGUGUUUGUUUGAUUGGAGGGUGGAUUGCGUUGGCGGUUACGAAGAGGCCUGUAUUUCCCAAGGUCAAGUAACCGAAUGCUUCGGUUGGAGAGUUGAAAAGAAGAAUAACGUGUAAGAUGCAAUUUGUUCGGAAUUGGGUAGUGAAAAGAAUAGGUGGAUAACCAUGUUCCGUGACUUAGAUUACGGAUUAUGGACGGUUAGAAUAUAUGUACAUUACGAAUUCAAAGAAUUCCGCUCAUGCUUUUGCUGUAGAAUAUAUGAUGGAUGGUGCCUUCCACUCUCAAUAACGACGAAUCAUCCCAAUGAACUGAAACCUUGG